AUGAGAGAGAAAAAAACAAAAGGAAAACAAAAGAUAAAGAUAAGAAAAGUAGAGAAAAACGGAGACAGAAUGGUGACAUUCUCCAAGCGUAGAAACGGAAUCUACACUAAGCUCGCUGAGCUCACCGUUCUCUGCGGCGCCGAAACCGGAUUUCUCGUUUACUCCGGCGCCGGUAAACCGUACACAUUCGGCAGCCCGUCGUUCAUAGCCGUGGCAGAGCGGUUUCUCGAAAUAAACCGCCGAGUGGUGAUCAACGGCGAGAGCUCCUCGUCGUCGGCGAUCGUGGAUGCUCACAAGAAAGUGAAGGUGGAGGAGCUGUGCAAGACGUUCAACAAUCUGAUGGAGGAAGCAGAGGCGGAGGCAGAGAGAGGGAAAGCAGUUGCGGCUGCGAAGGCUUUGGGAACGUCGACGUUGCCGGUGGAGAGUGACGACGACGCGUGGUGGAAAUCUGAUCCCGACGACAAGGAAGAGGCGACGAGAGUUUUGGCGAGCUUUGAGGAGUUUUAUGAGAAACUGUGUGAGGUUGCUGUAAGAAGAAGAAGAAGCUUUGGAUGUAAUGGUGCGUCAACGUCAUAG